CCUCGGGCUAGUCCAGUCAUGGCCUUCUUCAGUUGUUUGUGCACGUUGUUUAGGAGAGUGAAAGGCCUGCCCUUACCAUGGGACCACAAUAAUGCAGAACUUGAAGCUAAAGAGGCAUGCAACUGGCUUCGGGCGGCUGGCUUUCCGCAAUAUGCGCAGCUGUAUGAAGAUGCCCUGUUUCCUAUUGAUAUCCCCUCUGUGAAAAAAGACCAUGACUUUCUGGACCGGGACUCACUGAAAUCGCUUUGCAGGCGGCUGACGACUCUAAACAAGUGUGCCUCUAUGAAGCUGGAGGUGCAUUUUCAGCGCAAGCAGAGUGAAGACUCAGAAGAGGAUGACCUCUGCGCUAUCAGUGACCGGUGGGCAUUCCAGCGGGACAGCAAACGAUGGUCCAGGCUCCGCACCCUCCCGCCGGCCUCAGUGAGGACCUCGGCCAGCAGCGAGAGUGCCCUCAGCGACUUCAGCGACCUGGAAGUCACCUCCAUCCACAGCAGCAGCAGCCUGAGCGCCGGGAGCACGAGGGGCACCUCCUCCAGCGAGGUCACCGUGGCCGAGCCCACCGCUCCGGACGACCCCGACCCCCCGGACGGAGCUGGCCCGGGCAGGGAGGAGGCGAGCUCCUCCAAGGACCACCUCUGCCUCCGGGAGAAACCGAAGCGCAGCACCCGGAGCUUCCUCAGGAGGAUCGAGUCCUUCAGGCGAAAGGAUAAAGAGAGGGAAGCAGCCGCUGCAAAAGGAGACGUGGGUUCCGGCACCGAGAAUGCCAGACAGGGUCCCCUGCAGCCCCCCGCUAGCCUGCACUGCACGCCAAAUGAGAGCCUGCCGGGAUUGAAGCAGAGCAUUAGAGACAGGAGUAGUGGCACCCCUUUUAGCGAAUGGAAGGCCCAUACAAUCUGUAGGACCACAGUUGGCCGGUCCCCAAAGGGGGCGAGGGGGAAGACGAAAUCCAGUGCUCUUUAUUUGGAGGACUUCGAGAUGGGCCUGAAGGUUCCCAGCUGGACAGCGCCGGCGGGCGGGCUUGGAAGCGGGCAGGAGAGCUGUCUGGUUCACCUUCCGCCGGACCACAAACCCGGCACAUUCCCGAAAUCACUCUCCAUUGAGAGCUUGUGUCCCAACGAGCUGAGCCGGUGGCAGACGGGCAGGCUCGACCUGUCCGUCGCCAGCAACGGCGGGUCGCAGGACUUCGACGGGUUUCGCCAGAGGAGGAGCUCCUGCAGCUCCGUCGGGAGCGUCUAUGACAACGUGCCCGCGACGUACGGCGGCUCAGGGGACCUCCUCGACCUCGAGGGGGAGAAGGUCUUCCAGCACCUGGAUGACGUCCUGCAGCAUGUGCACGGCCUCCAGCAGAACAUAGACCUUUGGUCCAAGAGAGUGUGUCCGGAGCUGGGGGACGGGGACAGGGACGCAGAUGGGGACUCUGAGGAAACCACGGAGACCAUCUUCCCUGUUGGCCUCCACUUCGAGGAACGAUCCAUGUCAGACGUGGGCACGGUGGCCAGUGACUACGACAGCGUGGGGAACUCGCUGAACGAGGUGGAUGAGAUGGAGAUGAGGGAGCGACGUGAUUCUGGAGUCGGCGCCUCUCUAACCAGGCCGAGCAGGAAACUACGAUGGCACAGCUUCCAGAACUCCCACAGGCCCAGCCUGACCUCGGCAUCGCUGGAGAUAAACAGGCAGUCAGCCGCGCAGCUCAACCUGCUGCAGAAAUUCUCCCUGCUGAGACUAACCGCCAUUAUGGAGAAAUACUGUGUUCCAAACAAGCACGGCUGGGGCUGGACAAUGCCAAAGUUCAUGAAGAGGAGCAAGGUUCCGGACUACAGGGACAAGAACGUUUUUGGGGUCCCGCCUAUCAUCAACGUUCAAAGGAGCGGUCAGCCGCUGCCUCAAAGCAUCCAGCAGGCCAUGCGUUACAUUCGCAGCCAAUGUCUCGACCAGGUUGGUAUUUUCCGGAAGUCUGGCGUGAAGUCCCGUAUCCAGACUCUAAGACAGCUGAAUGAGAAUUCCCCGGAUCACGUCAGUUACGAGGGCCAGUCAGCGUACGACGUGGCUGACAUGUUGAAGCAGUACUUCAGGGACCUUCCAGAGCCUGUCUUCACCAGCAAACUGACGGAGACCUUCCUCCAGAUUUACCAGUGCGUCCCCAAGGACCAGCGCCUGCAGGCGGCCCAGGCCACCGUCAUCCUGCUGCCGGAUGAGAACCGGGAGGUGCUGCAGACCCUGCUCUACUUCCUCAGCGACAUCGCCUCCGCCCAGGACAACCAGAUGACCGCUGGAAACCUCGCUGUCUGCCUGGCCCCCUCCAUCUUCCACCUCAAUGUCUCCAAGAAGGAAGGGACCUCUCCCAGAUUAAUCCCUAGAAGAGGUGCAGUCGGUAAACCGGAUCAGAAGGAUCUGAAUGAGAACAUGGCUGCCACGCAGGGUCUGAGUCACAUGAUUAUGGAAUGCAAGAAACUGUUCCAGAUCCCUCACGACAUGAGCCAGUCCCGGAACUCCUAUGUGGCUGCCGAUGCCCAGCCUUUGCCUCUCCAUAGCCUGGGCUGUAAUCUGAAAGGCGAGCCUGGAGACUACCGGGCCUACCUGGAGGACAGCAUCCAGUGCCUCCUACGAGACGCCAACCGAGAGAAGCAGGGGCUGGCACAGUGCGCCAGCCCCGAGAACACAGAACUCUCUUACAAGAAGGUAGGAGACGGGCACCCCAUUCGCCUGUGGAAGGUCACCGCGGAGGUCGAGGCCCUGCCCUCCACCGUCCUGCACCGAAUCCUGAGGGAACGGCACCUGUGGGAUGACGACCUGCUCCACAGCCGGGUGAUCGAGUCCCUGGAGAGCAACACCGAGGUGUAUCACUACGUGACUGACAGCAUGGCACCACACCCCCGAAGGGACUUUGUUGUGCUGAGGAGGUGGAGCAGUGACCUGCCCCGGGGAGCGUGUGUCCUGGUGUCCUCCUCCGUGGAGCACGAUAAGGUGAUCCUGCAGGCGGGGCUGCGGGCGGUGCUCCUAACCUCGCGCUAUCUGAUCGAGCCAGGCGGCAUGGGGCGGUCCCGCCUGACCCACUACUGCAGAGCUGAUCUCAGGGGUCGCUCUCCUGAGUGGUACAACAAAGUCUUUGGUCAUCUCUGCGCAGUGGAGGUUGCUAGGAUACGAGACUCCUUCCCAGUCCUGACCGCCCGAGGACCUGAGACAAAGCUGUGAGACAAAACCAUUGCCUGGAUUCUCAGAAACAAAAGCCUGGGUUGGUGUAAUUGCACGGAAUUUAACAUCUCCAUGUCCUUUCAUAAAAUAGGGAAGUUUAGGUUUGACCCCUGAGCGCAUAGUCUAAUUUUGUGGUCAACUGACUGUACUGUGUCCCCAUGGAAAGUGCAACAGACAAGAUCUUGAAUCAUCAAAGAACCAUUGAAUGCCAGCAUCCGUCCUAGAGAGAAAUCUUCAUUUCUGUGUGAAAGGAAGGUCUAAAAUGUUACAUUGCCCUCAAGACAGAAAGAACAGUGAAAGCACCUUUAUGGCUCUAGUGACGGGAGUUCCAUACCCCCAAAAGAAAAUGACAAUAAAAAAUGAGAGGAUUAAAAUUCAACUGACCCAAAAGCCAAGGAGAUUAAAAUGUGUUCAUCAAAAGGGUAUAAAUUGAUUCUGUGUAUUUGUCAUAUCUCCUGUUACAUCACAGUGACACUGUAUUCUGUGAGGAAGAAAUGUGUUUACGGACAGCAUGUCACAGUGCAGAGAAAUACAGCUACGUAAUACCUGAGAACAAUCCAUGUCUAACAGUUUUGAGCUCUUCUGAAGAGCACUGCUCUCUUCAAGGAAAAAUGUGUUGUGUACCAUUAUCUGAAAGUAAUGGCCAUUUUUCACUGAAUGUGCCCUUCCUGUGCUGCUAUGUACUGUAACAAUAUCUACACAGUUUGUAAAGAUAUGUAGCCACAAACCUAAUGAGUGGAAUAUUCGGUGUGUGCAUACUGUUGUGUUU